CUUGUUAGUCUAUUUAUCCGAAUAAAUACGCCAGAAAAGAACAGACACCGAGUUGUUUAAAGCAAAUAAUGUGUCGGGAAGAAAACGUCAUUUGAGACCUACAGUGCGCGAGCACCGGUCCCCUGUCAGACUGCCUCUAUACACACACACACACCCACACACACACACACACACACCCCAACACGGACCGCUGCAGUGUCGACCAACAACCAUGGCUGCACGGAACACCGCCUUUCUGCUCGUCGGACUCCUGGCCCUCCUUCACACCUGGGGAGUCACUGCUCAUGUGGAGGUGAACAUGGAGGACAGAGUGGAGGUGUUCAGGGGAGAAACGGCUUCGAUCACCUGCAUCUUCACAUCAUCUGAAGGCGCCGACGGCAUCAUGAUACAGUGGUUCUACGUGACGCAGACCGGUGAGAAGCAGAGAAUCUUCUACCAGGACCCCACCGGGACGGUUGUAGACGAAGGCACACCGUUCACAGACCGGAUCAGCGUGAAUGGUACCGUAGCCACCGGAGCGAUCGUGGUGACGAUCAGCAACGUGCAGCUGGCCGACAAAGUUGAAUUUAUCUGUCUCAUCAAUGAUCUUACUGGAGGGACUGGGGAGGGACGCACAAAGCUGAAUGUGUUCGUACGGCCCGACUUUCCCACCAUCGAGGGUGUGCAAACAGGGAUCUCACUUAACGAAGGCCCAUCCAAGAUUGGGACGUGUGAGGUCAAAAAUGGCUUCCCCUGGCCGAACAUCACCUGGUACAGAAACAACGCGCCGCUACGUGGUGCUCUGGAUGUGUUGAAAGUGGUAACCAGCACCACCGUUGAAUCCAGCGGUCUGCUGUCUGUCAAGAGUGAGCUGAUCAUGAAGGUGAUGAAGGAGGACAAAGAUGAUCUGUUCUACUGCGAGGUCAACUACUUUGUUCCCGGAGGAUUAAGGAUGACCGAGACCCCCCAUAUUAACAUCACCGUAUACUACCCGUCCACAGCUGUAAGUGUUUGGGUGGAGUCACCAAAGGGCAACAUCAAGGAAGGGGACUCGAUUGAGCUUCAAUGUCGUAACAACGGGAAUAAGCCUUCCUCGAUCUUCACAAUCUCCCACGAAGCAGGUGGAAAUACUGUAGAAAGCAAUGUGUUGGUAUUGGAUAAUGUGACCCGUCUAAACAGUGGAGUUUACCAAUGUGCCUCUAUGGACAUGGACACCUAUGAGGAGAUCUCAGGAAACACCACUGUGUUCGUCAACUGUAAGGAAUCUGCACUGAUACGAUAUGUGACCAUAAUAAAUACAGUCUACCAGCAGUACGACUGCACUUGCCUGGUUUGAUAUUUCUUCUCUCUCUCUCCCCGCUGUGUGUGUGUG